UGUGCAGCCCUGCAUCGCGUUGCCAACGAAACGGACUCCACUCGCGAUAAAGUGUAAAUAAAUGAGAUAUUUUGGUGGAAUCGCGAGCUGAAACUAAUGCCAUGCCACCGGCGUACGACCUUGGCCAUUCCGGAGAGGCGUACCAACCCCUGGACACUGGCAGCGGCGGCGGAAACGAAGCCUGUGCCCCGAACUCAUCCUCCGCGCAAAUCCGCCAUUCGAUGGGAUUCCGGACAUCCUGGAUGCGGCAGUUCCGCCGCUACAAACUGCCCAUGGUGCUGCUGAUGCUGCUGUUUCUCGUUUCCUGCCUAGCAUACCGCAUCCUAAGCGUGGAGCAAGAUGCCCCGCCACUGGAUCUGCAUCGUAGUUCACCGCUGCUAGAUGCCUACGAAGAUUUCAGCGCCAUGAGAGCAGGAGAUCUGAAAAUGCGCAUCGAGGAGAUGGUUAGAAUCAAGAGCACCGUGUCCGUGGAGUUGCGCGAAUUGGAGUCCCGUCGCCAGAAGCUGCAAUCGGACAUUAGCCAGUACAACCAGAAGAUCGAGGAGCUCAAACAGGAACUGCUUAGGGAGCAAACAGAACUGGAGCGCCUCAAGAUCUCCGUGGAGCAGGCUCAGGUGGCCCAGCGGGAGGCUGUUCAGCGGAAUACACCGGACUUGGCCUUGCCCCGCUCUCUUUUACCCAACACACUGCCAAGAAAGAGUAAUCCCAUCACCGGAGGGAUGGCGGCCAGCUGCGAAAUGCACAACUGCUUCAAUCACUCACGCUGCAGUCUAACCUCCGGAUUUCCUGUUUAUCUAUACGAUCCGGAUGAGCAUAGCGUUCAGCGAAAGGGUUACGAUAUCGAUGGUUUCCUAAAGACGACUCUAAAGCAGACUUUAGGAUACAAUGCUCAUAUAGUUAAGGAUCCCAAGCAUGCCUGCAUAUAUCUAGUUCUGGUGGGAGAGGCUCUGCUUGAGCAGGAUCUAUUGCGAAAUAAUCGCUAUGCGGCUCAGGAGGCGGAGCAUCAGCAGCCCUCGACGCCCACUCUAGAAAAUGACUGCCCCGUGGACAUGGAGAAGCUUUACAGUCUGCCAUAUUGGGGCGGCGAUGGUCGCAAUCAUGUGCUGCUCAACUUGGCGAGAAGAGAUCUCACAUCACAUCGUACGAAUCCUCUCUACAGGCAGAACACUAUGCGAGCAAUUGUGGUGCAAAGUGCUUUUGAAAGAGAACAGUUCCGUCCAGGUUAUGACCUAAUUGUGCCUCCUAUUCUGGGUCCUCCUGGAGGAGAUGUGUGGCAGGAGUGCGCGGAAAUGGUGCCCGCCCGAAGGAAAUACCUGCUUACCUACCAAGGUGAACUGAGGCCCAAACAGAGUAGUUUGAACCCCUUAGAUGCGUUUAUUCUGGAGCACCUGGCGGAUAUGGCCAAGGGCGCAACGCAAGAUCAGUUCGUUCUGCAGUUCCAGUGCGUCCCAGCUACGGAACAGCAGGAGGGUGAUUCCCUGCCAGAUUGGACGCUAUGUGGUUCGGAUUCAUCGCGCCGCCAAUUGCUUAAGGACUCUACGUUUUCUCUGAUUUUACCCCCGUUGAAUGGCAGAGUUUCGUCGACACUAAUGCUUGCUAGGAUUUAUGAAGCUCUCCGUUCGGGAGCAGUACCUGUUAUCCUUGGAGCAGAUGAGUUGCGUUUGCCGUAUGCUGAAACUGUAGAUUGGAGAAGAACGGCACUACUGCUACCGAAAGCUCGGAUCACAGAACUGCAUUUCCUUCUGCGCGCGGUGCAGGAUGCGGACUUAUUGCUGCUGCGACGACAGGGGCGACUCAUCUGGGAACGCUAUUUGAGCUCUGUGCAGGCCACCGUGGAUACAGUGAUUGCCAGUUUAAGGGAUCGCCUUGGAAUCCCGCCCAGACCCGUGCCCUCGGUUAUAGCGCAAAGUGUGUUCAACAGCACAUUUAUACCCCUAAAAUCCGAUCCACCUGUUGGCUUGGAUACGGAACCCGAAGAGUCGUUGGGACCCAUCGAACCACCCUAUCCGAGUCCUGCUUUCCGGCGAAACUAUACAAUACUGCGUAUGCAGGCGAAGGAAGCCUGGAAUGAUUGGCUGGAUCCCUUUUACCUUUACCCCCAGCUGCCCUUUGAUCCUGCGUUGCCUUCGGAAGCCAAGUUUAUGGGCUCGCAUACAGGCUUUCGUCCGAUAGGUAAGGGAUUGGGAGGAGCUGGGAAGGAAUUCGGCGAGUCACUGGGUGGCAAUUACCCCCGGGAGCAGUUCACCAUUGUUAUGUUAACCUACGAAAGAGAACAAGUCCUCAUGGAUUCAUUGGGCAGACUGUAUGGUCUGCCGUAUCUGCACAAAGUCGUGGUGGUUUGGAACUCACCGAAGCCACCAUUGGAUGACCUAAGGUGGCCGGAUAUUGGAGUACCAGUUGCCGUCCUUCGGGCUCCCAGGAAUUCGUUAAACAACCGAUUUCUGCCUUUUGAUGUCAUUGAAACCGAGGCUGUUCUCUCUGUCGACGACGAUGCCCAUCUGCGUCAUGAUGAGAUUCUCUUCGGAUUCCGUGUUUGGCGGGAGCAUCGCGAUAGAGUUGUAGGCUUCCCAGGACGUUACCACGCUUGGGAUUUGGGAAAUCCCAAUGGCCAGUGGCACUACAACUCCAAUUACAGCUGCGAACUGAGCAUGGUGCUGACAGGAGCUGCGUUUGUACACAAGUACUAUCUUUACCUGUACACCUACCAUCUGCCGCAGGCGAUAAGGGACAAGGUGGAUGAGUACAUGAACUGUGAGGACAUUGCCAUGAAUUUUCUCGUAUCGCAUAUAACUAGAAAACCACCAGUCAAAGUCACCUCCAGGUGGACAUUCCGCUGCCCCGGCUGUCCUGUUUCACUCAGCGAGGAUGACACUCACUUCCAGGAGCGGCACAAGUGCAUCAAUUUCUUUAGCCGGGUGUUCGGCUAUACGCCGCUGCUGAACACCCAGUACCGAGCGGACUCCAUUCUCUUCAAGACGCGCAUCCCGCACGACAAGCAAAAGUGCUUCAAGUACAUCUAGUCGUACAACUGAUCCCAGAAUCCCUAUUCCGACAAAGGCGGCCACUUCACUUAUUAUAACGAGGUGAUCACCAGCUGAAUGACUUCUAGUUGUAAGUAAAACUUAUCGGGCCUGUUGCGGUUUUCACAUAUUUGUUUUUUAGGAAUCUAUAUCAAAAAGCUAACCAAUUUGAAUAUCUUAAAAAUAUUAUUUAAGAACUCUAACCAAAGGUGUGCAAUACGGAAUAUAACAAAAAUUUUAAACAAACUAUUAGUUACUCACUCAUUGUAAAUCGAACAAAUCGUAUAAUCUGUGAAAACCAAAACAAGCCCAUAUGUAUAUACUCUAAAUGGACACAAGUUAGCCACUGAUAAGCCAAUCGAGAUAGCACAGCCUGCAUUUCACCGAAUAAUAACUAUUUUUUCGCACGGCCUAAAAUGUCUAGAUUCUGCUUUCAGAACUAAACUUUCUUAGGAAAUAGUCUUGAGUAGAGAUACCAAAUCAAAUUUUGAGACUUUAUUGUGUUUGCUUAAUUAGCAUAAGUUGUGUACCGAUUUUGAAUUGUAUAUAGUGCUUAAUAAACGAAAUUACUACAUCGCUAAGUAAAUG